CACUGCCCAGAGGCCCCUGCCUGACUCACUGCCAGCCUUCGGUCCCUGCGUUGCCAAGAAGAACAUGGACGUCACCAUCCAGCACCCUUGGUUCAAGCGCGCCCUGGGGCCCUUCUACCCCAGCCGACUCUUCGAUCAGUUUUUCGGCGAGGGCCUUUUUGAAUAUGACCUGCUGCCCUUCCUGUCUUCUACCAUCAGUCCAUACUACCGUCAGUCCCUCUUCCGCACGGUGCUGGACUCUGGAAUCUCCGAGCUCAUGACCCAUAUGUGGUUUGUAAUGCACCAACCACAUGCUGGAAACCCCAAGAACAACCCCAUCAAGGCAAGUUCCAUGGCAGAGGUCCGAUCUGACCGGGAUAAGUUUGUCAUCUUCUUGGAUGUGAAACACUUCUCUCCUGAGGACCUCACUGUGAAGGUACUGGAGGACUUCGUGGAGAUCCAUGGCAAGCACAACGAAAGGCAGGAUGACCAUGGCUACAUCUCUCGUGAGUUCCACCGUCGCUACCGUCUGCCUUCCAAUGUGGACCAGUCCGCCCUCUCCUGCUCCCUGUCUGCGGAUGGCAUGCUGACCUUCUCUGGCCCCAAGGUCCAGUCCGGCUUGGAUGCUGGUCACAGUGAGAGGGCCAUUCCUGUGUCACGGGAGGAGAAGCCCAGCUCGGCCCCCUCAUCUUAAGCAGGCCUUGCCUUGGUUGUCCCCUGAGGCCCCUGACCCAGGGGCCACAGCAGAGUCUGCCUUCCUACCUUCCUUCUUUCUCUUUGUUCCCUUUCCAUCUUCUCAGAGGGUUGAGGGUUUGAGAGAGUGGCUGAGAGAGCUUGGGGUCUUGGCCUGAGGUGCUGCGGGUUCAGGGUGACCCAGGCUCAACACCAGCCGGUUGGAGGGGAUGAUGGCAUUGAACUCUUGAGAUAUGACCUGUCCUCCUGGAAUGUGGCAUCUGAGCUCUGCUCCAAAGGCAGAGUGGGUGGUGGCUAACCAACUCUGAGAGCCCUCUGCUGAGCCCCUGGAUGGCAGCCUCCCUUCUUGCCCGUACUUACUGCAGGCUCAUGUGCUGGGCUCCGACAGCUGACUUCUCUCAACCCUUCUUCCUGAGACUUUCUCUAUGUAGUAUUGCUCUUGGGGACCCUGGUCACCCAUGAGAAUGGAGCCCCUGGCAGACAAUAAAGAGCAGGUGACAGAAGCAACUU